CUCAAUUCGUCCUCUCCCCUUCCUUCAAACAAAACUUCGUUCUCUUCUCUCUCCGGCGGAUCGACCUCUCCCCGCUAGCUCCGGCAUUUAUCUCCGCCAUGCAUCGUCUCCGUCAUUUUGCUCUCCAUGUGCUCCUUCUCGUCAUAGCGCAUGCACCCUUGCCCUCCGCCGCGGUAGACACGCUACGGCCCGGCCAAGCACUUGCCGGCUGGAAGAAGCUCGUCUCUGCCAACGGCAAGUUCGCGCUCGGCUUCUUCCAGCUCCAACCAGGGAGCUCCUACUACCUCGGCAUUUGGUUCGACGAAGUCCCCGUGCUGACUCCAGUGUGGACAGCCAACAGGGACAACCCGGUAUCCAACUCCACCUCGCCGGAGCUCACCAUCUCCGGCGACGGCAACAUGGCUGUCGUCUUAGCUGAGAGCGGCACCACCACCGUCUGGUCUACCUCUACCGAGGCCAACGCAACAAGCAACGACACCGUCGCGGUGCUCUUGGACAGCGGCAACCUCGUCCUCCGCAGCUCCUCCAACUCGUCGCUCGUAUUCUGGGAGAGCUUCGACUACCCGACGGACACCCAGCUACCCGGCGUAAAGAUCGGGUGGGACAAGGUCACAGGCUUGGACCGCCGGCUUGUUUCGAGGAAGAACUCCGUCGAUCUGUCCUCAGGUCUAUACUCGUCGACGAUGGGCCACGACGGGGUCGCCAGGAUGCUGUGGAACUCGUCUGCCGUGUACUGGUCUAGCACGUGGACCGGUGGGUUCUUCAGCGCGAUACCGGAGAUGUCCGCAGGCUCCCCUCUCGCCAACUUCACCUUCGUCGACAACGCCCGAGAGGUCUACUUCACCUACAACAUCUUCGACGAGAGCACGGUCAUCCGCACCACGCUGCAUGUCUCCGGCCGGAACCAGGUGCGCGUGUGGACCGGGCAGGACUGGAUGACGGUGAACAACCAGCCAGCGCACCAGUGCGACGCGUACGCUGUCUGCGGCCCUUUCACCGUCUGCACGGACAGCGCUUCCGACGCGGAUCCUUCCUGCGACUGCAUGAGGGGGUUCUCCGUACGGUCGCCGGCGGAGUGGGCGGUCAAGGACAGGACGGGCGGGUGCGUCAGAAACACUCCGCUCAACUGUGCUGCCGACGGUAGGAACAGGACAGGUGUGCCAGCUGACAAGUUCUACUCCAUGCCAGGCGUUAGGCUGCCCCAGAAUGGCCGCCAGUCCAUGCCGAACGCGUCGAGCGCGAUCGAAUGCGCGCAGGCUUGUUUGAGUAGUAACUGCUCUUGCACCGCGUACUCUUACGGCGGCGAAGAUGGGUGCUCCCUGUGGCAUGGCGAGUUAGUUAACGUAGCUGCUGACGGUAACGAAGGGAUGAUUUACCUUCGCCUUGCUGCGAAAGAGCUAGAGAGUGGGAAAGGCAACAGGAUUGCCAUGGUAGCUGGUGUUGCCGCUUUGGUUUUGGUUCUCGUCGUCGUCGUAGUGAUUUGCAGCAGGCGGAAUAAUGGGAAGUGGUGGUCUAGACCCAUAGCUGACAGUGAUAAAGGCGGUAGCGUCGUUGGCAUAGCUACGUUCAAGUAUGCUGACCUGCAAGACGCGACGAAGAAGUUCUCGGAGAAGCUAGGCGCGGGUGGCUUCGGCUGUGUGUUCAAGGGGCGCCUAGCAGGUGACUCGACCGACAUAGCAGUGAAGAGGCUCGACGGAGCUCUGGGCAACGUACAGGGAGAGAAGCAGUUCAGGGCAGAAGUGAACUCGGUCGGAUUCAUCCAGCACAUAAAUCUGGUGAAGCUGAUCGGGUUCUGCUGCGAGGGCGACAGGAGUCUACUCGUGUACGAGCACAUGCCGAACGGCUCCCUGGACUCCCACCUGUUCCAGAGCUGUCGCCGUCGUGCAGCUCUAGACUGGAGCACCAGAUACCAGAUAGCUCUCGGGGUUGCCAGAGGUCUAGGGUACCUGCACCACGGCUGCCGGGACUGCAUCAUACACUGCGACAUCAAGCCACAGAACAUACUUCUGGACGCGUCUUUCGCUCCAAAGAUCGCGGAUUUCGGGAUGGCCAAGUUUCUCGGGAGGGAGUUCAGCCGCGUCGUGACCACGAUGCGAGGAACCGUCGGGUAUCUUGCUCCGGAAUGGAUCAGUGGGACGCCUGUUACUCCCAAGGUUGACGUUUACAGCUACGGGAUGGUCUUGCUAGAGCUCGUGUCGGGGAAGAGGAACUAUGUCGAGCAUUCGUCCAGUUGUGCCGAAGGCCAAGGAGACUAUCUGCCUGUGCAGGCUGCGCACAAGCUUCUCCAUGGAGAUGUUCUGAGCGUUGUGGAUGCGGACUUGCAUGGUGAGCUGAACGUGGAGGAAGCUGAACGAGUCUGCAGAGUCGCGUGCUGGUGCAUCCAGGAUCUUGAGUCGGAUCGGCCCACGAUGAUUGAGGUGGUGCAGUUUCUGGAGGGAAUAUGCCAAGUAGAAAUUCCCCCGAUGCCAAGGCUACUCACUGCUAUUGCCGGAAGCGGAUCACAUCAGACGAGAGUGUCAUCUCUGUAGCUUUUCAAACAUCAGUUUUGCCUUGUAGUGUAUAAAUAAAUUUAUUUUUUGUAACGUCGUACGUCGUGUAAUAUUAUUUCUCUUGGCGUAUAAAUGAAUUUUUUCCUACA